AUGCCUUUGCAUUCGAUCGAGAUUGUGAAUUUCAAGUCUUACAAAGGUACCCAAACUAUCGGUCCUUUUAAGAACUUCACAGCGGUAAUCGGUCCUAAUGGAGCGGGAAAAAGCAACUUGAUGGACGCGCAAUCGCAUCUUCUUGUUAGGAUUUCUUUCGUGCUGGGUGUUCGGUCAGGUCAAUUGAGAUCUACCCAGCUUAGAGAUCUAAUAUACAAGGGUGGAGAUCGUGAAGACGAAAACCAAGCUCCAAAAAAAGCGGCAGUCACGGCGAUUUACAUUGAUCACAAGACUGGAGACCAACAUCGGUUUUCUCGAACAAUUACAGUCGCAUCCGAAAAAUCGGGAUCAUCUGCAUAUUCAAUCAAUGACAAGGUGGUAAAAUGGGAAGAAUACCAAUCCACUCUUGAGCAAUACGAUAUUCUCGUCAAGGCAAAGAACUUUUUAGUAUUCCAAGGAGAUGUUGAAGCCGUUGCCAGUCAGAAUCCUAAUGCUUUGAGUAAGCUAAUUGAUCAGAUCAGUGGCUCCUUGGACUUGGCAGCCGAAUACGAGAAACGAAGAUUGGCUCAUAUAGAUGCCAGUAAACAGUCAAACGAUCAAUUAAUCAAACGCCGCGUUAUCAACGGGGAGAUUAAGGACUUCAAGCAACAAAAAGCCGAGAUGGAGGAAUUUGACCGCUUAUGUGAAGAGCGGGACCAAGAAAUCAUUCAUCUAUUACUUUGGAAGUUGUUUCAUAUCGAGCACUCUAUCAACCAGAAUUCAGAAGCGAUCAAACUUCUGAACGAUGGUCUGGCCGAUCUACAGGCUGAAUCACAUGAAUUUGACCAACACGUUACCCAAGCUCGAAAAGAAUAUACACAAGCUACUCGAGAUGUCAUCAAAGCUGAGCGUAGUUUGAAGGCCAAAACCAAAGAAAAAGAAGACAACUAUUUACCAAGAUUGAUGGAAUGUGAAGCAAGAGUCAAACAUUUGGAGAAGAAGAAAUCUAAGGAGGAAACCAGCAAAGCCUCGGUUCUCAAAGAACAAGCUAUCAAAGAGGUCGAAUUGAAAAAGUUGCAGCAUAAACUUGCCAUUGUUACCGAGGCGCAGACGGAACUGCUUGCCAAAAAGCAGGCACUCUCACCUGUGAUGACCCUAUCAGAAGAGGAUCAGAAAGAAUACCAUACGAUCAAAGCAGAUUGUCUUACAAAAUGUCCACGUGAGCGAGAAGAUGUGAAGAACCUGGCCAGAAAGCUGAAAAAUCAGCAGAAUCAGCUACUGCAACAUGAAGAUCACCUCCAACAGUGUCAGAAUCGCCAUACAAAACUUGACCGAGAUUAUGAAGAUGCGUUCAAUAAGAAGACAAUGUUAGAAAAUAAGGUAGAUACGUUGAACCAAGAAUUGACUCGAACAAGGAAGCAGUUGCACGAAGUGCAAGCUGAGCGUACACGUCACGCUCAAACCGAGACUGAAUUGAAAGAAAAGUUGCAAGAUUGCUUAAAACAAUUAAACGAGGCGGGCGCAGCAAAACAAGAGACCGAUGCUGAAGCUCGAAAUAGGGCGAUCGGAGAGACAUUACGACGGAUCUUUCCAGGUGUACAAGGCCGUUUGUACGAAUUAUGUUCACCGAUUGCGAGAAAGCACGAAACGGCUGUAAGAGUGGUACUAGGCAGAAAUCUUGAAGCUGUGGUGGUGGACACUGAAAAAACUGCGAUCGAUUGCGUGGAGUACCUCAAAUCUCAGCGUCUUGGGCGUGCGACAUUUAUACCACUGGACUCCAUAGUUGUUCAACCAGUUGACGAACGUUCUCGCAACCUCUCGAAGGGUGCAAGACUCGCUAUUGAUCUUAUCAAAUACGAACCAAUAUACGAGCGUGCAAUGCAAUUUGCUUGUGGUAGUGCGAUCAUAUGCGAUUCUUUUCAAAUCGCUCAAGAUGUGGUCUAUAACAAAGGUACACAAGUCAAAGCCGUGACAUUGGAAGGCACGAUCAUCCACAAGGGAGGAAAUAUCACCGGAGGUGUGAGUGGACUUGACAACUCACGGAAAUUUGACGAGCGGGAGAUUCAAGCUUUGAAGCGUGCACGAGAAGGGAUCUUGAGUGAAAUCAAGGAAGCGGCCAAAAAUCAACCCCGGAAUACAGAUGAAGGAUUGAUCGCCGAAGUCUCCCGCUUAGAGAAUGAGCUUACCUUUGUGAAAGAUGAUUUGCGUGUCCUAGAUGAUCAGUUGAAAGCAUAUAUGGAGGAGUUGAAAGUUCUGGCUAAGAAACAAGAAACCUCGCAGGCUGAUGUAGAUAAGGGGCGAGCUGAAGUUGAGAAAUCCAAGAGGGAAUUGGAAAAGGCUAAAGCUGUGAUUGACGAAACGGAGGACAAGAUCUUUGCUUCCUUUUGUAAGCGGAUCGGAGUUCAAAACAUUCGAGAAUAUGAAGGAUAUCAACUUGAAGUCCAUCAAAAGACUAGUGAAGAACAGGAACAAUUGGAAACGACACUUUCAAGGAUUAAACAUCAAAUAAGUUUCGAAACCGGGCAGCUCAAUGGCUUAAUUGAGCGACUGUCUACGCUCGAAACCUCUUCACAACGAACACAAGCAAAUUUGGAAGAACUAAUGGUCACGAUGGCAGAGCUUAAAGAAGAGAUCAAGAUUCUCGAUAAUGAGAUUGUAGAAACUGAACGCCAACACUCUGAUUUGGUCAAAGCACAAGAUGAGGCCUCCAGAGCGGUCGCUGAUGCAAAGAAGAAAUCAAACAAAGCCUCAAGGCAAUUGGAUGAGAUCAUCAAAGAAAUUGGCACACGCAAUGAUGAGAUUGAGAAGCUUGCUUCCGAAAGGAUUAGUAUCUAUAGGAGAUGUAAGCUGGAAAGUAUUGAUUUGCCUCUCUUGCAAGGUGAUCUUAGAAAGGCCCCUAUCGAUGAGGUUGUCCGGCCUGUCGUGCCUAUGGAUGUCGAUGGACAGGAGGAAACUCAACAGGCAUUGGUUGUAGAUGACUACGGCAUUGAACUGGAUUACGAGGGCUUAGAAGAUGACGAGAAAGAGGAUGGUGGCCCAGAGGUGGAGCGUCAACUGGAAGAAAAGAUCGAACUUCUGAAGUCCAAAAUGGAAGCCAUGGCUCCUAAGACGAGAUCUGUUGAAAGGUUGGAAGAAGUAGAGGUGAGAUUAAGAGAACAUGAAAAAGAGUUUGAGGCCGCACGGAAACGGGCGAAACAAACCAAGGACGAUUUUACCGAAAUCAAGAAUCAGAGAGUAGAAUUAUUCACAAAAGCUUAUACUCAUAUAUCCGAGAAAAUUGAUGGUGUUUAUAAGGAGCUGACAAAGGGUAAAGCUAGUCCGAUGGGUGGAGUGGCUUACUUGAGUUUGGAAGAUCCAGAGGAGCCUUAUAUGCAUGGGAUCAAAUACCAUGCUAUGCCCCCCAUGAAGCGUUUUCGAGAUAUGGAUCAGUUGUCAGGCGGGGAAAAAACUAUGGCUGCUUUGGCUUUGCUGUUUGCUAUUCAUAGUUAUCAACCUUCACCGUUUUUCGUCUUAGAUGAAGUAGAUGCUGCACUUGAUAACACCAAUGUGGGGCGAAUUGCCGACUAUGUUCGUAACAAGGCUGAGUCAGCAUUUCAGUUUCUGGUCAUCAGUUUGAAGGGGACAUUUUAUGAGAAGGCAGGUGGUUUAGUUGGUAUUUAUCGUGAUAAUGAGUGGGGCGGUACCAAGAGUUUGACAUUGGACUUGGAUCAAUAUGGAGAAUAA